AUGAGUGAUUUAUCUGGAGAAAGUAUCGAUGGAGAAUGUGGAGAAUUGUUGAAAAAAUAUUUCUUAGGUACUCUUCGUAACGGGUACAAAAGAUACAGAGGAGUAACAUUGCCGAGUCAUUAUGGUAAUUACGCAGAUAAAGUAGAAAAUUUUGAAGUGAGAAAUGAAGAUGUUUGGGUGAUAAGUUAUCCGAAAACAGGAACUACAUGGACUCAAGAAAUGGUUUGGUGUAUAAUGAACAAUUUAGAUUUUGAAAAAGCCAAAGAAUUCCUUCCUGAGAGAUUUCCAUUUUUAGAGUUUACUUGUUUGUUCGAUUACUCCGAUGUAAUUCGUAGAAAACCCGAUAUAAACCUUCCACCUUUUGUCAAAGAUUCCCUAAAUUUUAUAAAUAAUUUAAAAUCUACGAGAUUUAUAAAGACGCAUUUACCAUGGGAUUUACUCCCUGUAAGCAUCCGAAAAGGAGAUAAACAACCUAAGAUAAUAUACGUUUGUCGGAAUGCAAAAGAUACUUGUGUAUCUUAUUUUCAUCAUACUAUUCUUCUUGAGGGUUACACAGGAAAUUUUAAUGAUUUUUGCAAAUUGUUCUUGGAAGAUUCUGUUUGUUUUUCACCCUUUUGGUCUCACAUCGAGGGCUUUUGGAAAAGACGAAAUCAAUCAAACGUUCUUUUUAUUAAAUACGAAGACAUGAAAGAGAAUCUUGCGGGUGUUAUUGAGCAAACGGCACAAUUCCUUGAUAAAAAAUUAUCACCUGAACAAAUUAAAACUUUAUGUCAUCAUUUAAGUUUUGAAUCCAUGAAAAAUAAUCCAUCCGUUAAUUAUGAAGCCAUCCUUGAAGUAAACAGGAUUUAUAAUUUGAUACCCGCCGACGGGGAGUUCAUGAGAAAAGGAACUGGGGGUGAAUGGAAAGAAAAAAUGCCCAAUGAAAUAGUUGAAAAAUUUAAUAAAUGGAUAGAAACUAAUUUAAAAGAAAGAAACAUUCAAUUAUGA